AUGGCUCAAAAAACGGUCUUGGUCACAGGUUGUUCCUCUGGGAUUGGCUUGGCCAUCGCAAAUAAACUGGCCAGGGAUGAGAAACAAAGAUUUCUGGUCUAUGCCACCAUGCGGAAUUUGGACAAAAGGAGAGAUCUUGUGGAUAUUGCUGGACAUGCACUGGGAAAAACACUGGAGAUUAAACAGCUGGAUGUUUGUAGUGAAAAAUCAAUCCAAGACUGCAUCAACAGUAUCCCCAACAGGAAAAUCGAUAUACUCAUUAGCAAUGCUGGAAUGGGGAUGAUUGGACCCAUUGAAUGCCAGUCCUUGGAUGAGAUGAAGACAGUUAUGGACACUAACUUCUUUGGACUUGUUAGACUCCUUAAAGAAGUCUUGCCAGACAUGAAGAGGAGGAAGAGGGGCCACAUUGUGGUGAUCAGUAGUGUCAUGGGCAUUCAAGGGAUAUUGUUCAAUGACAUCUAUGCUGCUUCAAAAUUUGCAGUGGAAGGAUUUUGUGAAAGUUUGGCGAUCCAGGCCAUAAAAUUCAAAUUGAACAUAACUCUGAUUGAACCUGGGCCUGUGGUCACGGAGUUUGAAAAGAAGGUUUAUGAAGAAGGAAUGAAAAUUGAUUUGUCUGCUGCAGACCAAGAAACGAGGGACAUGUUCACAAACAUUUACUUGCGAAACUAUAAGGAAAUAUUCUCAAGCCUGGGACAAAGUGCAGAUGAAGUGGCUGAGCAUACAAUGAAGAUCAUCCUCUCAGACAACCCACCAUUCCGUCAUCAAACAAACACCCUUUAUACCCCCAUGACAACUCUGAAGUAUGCGGAUCCUAAUGGAGAUCUUCCCAUUGACACCUUCUAUAAAAUGGUCUUCCAUCAUGACAAAGUCUUCCAUGCCAGCCUCAAUUUUAUUAAAUUGCUAAGGUGGAGAAGCAGAAAGAGUUUUAAUCUAGGUAAACCAAACAGUAAGGAGUAGUCUUAUUCACCACAACAAUGGAAAAGCUAUUAGUCAUCUCAUGUUAAUCUUAUUUCUUAGUUGAGUGUUGUUAUAAUUCUCUUGAAACAUUUCUUAUAUCUUGAGAGAAUCGGAUCUAAAACAUGUGAUGCAGCUCUUUAAAAGUAUUCAAAUGAGUAAACAAAUUUAAAGGAGGGAGGCAAAUUCAGGAAAGUCCUUUGGCUCUCACCUGCAGUGUUAGCAGUCCCACCUCUCGAAUGGGAAAGAGCCCUGAAUUUUGGGCUCAGGAUCUCAUCAUGAUGUAGAGGGCAUUGAAGGAAGUAACUGUACGGAUUGGAGCUC